AUGAGUAUGGGAACACCAGCAGUUGUUAUGGACAACGGUACAGGUCUAACAAAAUUGGGUUUUGCAGGUAAUGAUUCACCAUCUUUUGUUUUUCCCACGGCAAUUUGUACUUCAAAACGAAGAUCAACAAAUGUUGCAUCAAAAAGAGGUUUAGAAGAUUUAGAUUUUUAUAUUGGCGAUGAAGCAAUUGAUGCUGCACAAGGUUCACAAUAUAGUUUAAAUUAUCCAAUAAAACAUGGUCAAAUUGAAGAUUGGGAUCAAAUGGAACGAUUUUGGGAAAGUUCAAUUUUUAAAUAUUUAAGAUGUGAACCAGAAGAUCAUUAUUUCUUAUUAACUGAACCACCAUUAAAUCCACCAGAAAAUAGAGAAAGUACAGCUGAAAUUAUGUUUGAAAGUUUUAAUUGUGCUGGUUUAUAUAUUGCAGUUCAAGCUGUUUUAGCAUUAGCUGCAUCAUGGACUUCACCAAAAGUUCAAGAUAGAUCAUUAAGUGGUACUGUUAUCGAUUCAGGUGAUGGUGUAACUCAUGUUAUUCCAGUUGCUGAAGGUUAUGUUAUCGGUGCUGCUAUCAAAAAUAUUCCAUUGGCUGGUAGAGAUAUUACAUUAUUUAUUCAACAAUUAUUAAGAGAUAGAGGUGAAAGUGAUACUAGUUUGCAAUCUGCAGAAAAGAUAAAGCAACAAUUUUGUUAUGUUUGUCCAGAUAUUGUACAAGAAUUUAGUAGAUUUGAUCAAUAUCCUCAAGAGAAAUUUGCUCAAUAUAUUGUUGAAUAUACUGAUAGAAAUAAAACAAAUACAGUUGAUGUUGGUUAUGAAAGAUUUUUAGCACCUGAAAUAUUUUUCAACCCUGAAAUUUGUUCAUCAGAUUUUUUAACGCCAUUACCAAUAGUUGUAGAUCAAGUUAUACAAGCUUCACCAAUUGAUGUUAGAAAAAAAUUAUAUAAAAAUAUUGUAUUAAGUGGUGGUUCAACAAUGUUUAAAGAUUUUGGUAAAAGAUUACAAAGAGAUUUAAAAAAUAUUGUAAAUGAAAGAGUUGGAGCUAGUGAAAAGUUAAGUGGAACUAAAUCAACUGGUGUUGAAGUUCAAGUUAUUUCACAUAAAAAACAAAGAAAUGCUGUUUGGUUUGGUGGGUCUUUAUUAGCACAAACUUCUGAAUUUAAAAGUUAUUGUUAUACUAAAAAAGAUUAUGAUGAAUAUGGUCCAAGUAUAGUUAGAAAUUUUUCAUUAUUUUCUGUACCUUAA